CACGCGGAGGUCGACGACCUCCUCCUGCAUCCUCGAUGGAUCUCUACGCCUCCCCUCCGAAAUCCUCGACCAACCCCAUCUCCCCCUCCGCCGCCACCACCCCAGGAACCCGAGAGCCAAAGCUCCAACUCCCCUCGACCACCGACCCGCCCGGACCGCAGAACCCCCCGCGACCGCUCGUAUGGCUCAUCUUCGGCGCGACGGGCCACAUGGGCCGCUCCCUCGUGAAGACGGCCCUCAGCCGCGAUGACCUGGUCGCCGCCGUCGGGCGCACCUUCGAGAACAGCCCCGAGGCCAUGCGCGACCUCGAGGCCGAGCACGAGAACUGCCUCGGCCUGCUGUGCGACGUGCGCGCCCGCGAGACGGUGAAGCAGGUGAUCCAGCGCACCAUCGCGCGCUUCGGCCGCAUCGACAUCAUCGCCAACUGCGCCGGGUACGGGGUGAUCGGCGCCUGCGAGGACCAGGACGAGUACGACAUCCGCGACCAGUUCGAGACCAACUUCACGGGCACCCUGAACAUCAUCCAGCUCUCGCUGCCGCACUUCCGCGAGCGGCGGGCCGGCCGCUACCUCAUCUUCAGUUCGACAUCGGGCGCGCUGGGCGUCCCCGGGCUGGGGCCCUACUGCGCGUCCAAGUACGCGGUCGAGGGGCUGAUGGAGAGCAUGCUGUACGAGGUGGACCAUUUCAACGUCAAGACCACGCUGGUCGAGCCGGGGCAUAUGCGGCGGGAUGACACUGGGGAUUUGGUCUCGGAUCAUAUGCAUCGGGGUUUGUUUGGUGGCAGCGGUGGGAUGGGCACCAAUGAGCAUAAUCUGGCGUCCCCGCUGCCGUUGUACGGGCAUUUCCUGGUCAAGCCGCCGAGCGAGCCGUACAAUGUCUCCACGUCGCCGGCGGCCCAUGCCAAAAGGAUGCUCAUGUGGUUGGGGGAUAAGCAGCCGGCGAGUGCGGUCAAGGCGGCGCAUCUGGUCUGGCAGCUCGGGCAUUGCUCGUACCCGCCCUUGAGGCUGAUCUUGGGGACGUAUGCGGUGGAGAGUAUCAGGGAUCGGCUCAAGUGUAUCAUCGAGGAGAUUGAGGAUUGGAAGUAUUUGAGUUUUCCUUCCGCUUCGGCUGCGGCCGGUGAGCAGCAACAACAAACACAACCUGGGGUGGCGACAUCGGGAUGGAAUGGCAGUGGUAAUGGACAGGAGAACGAGGAUGCAGAUAUGAGGUGAUGGCGGGCCACAUAACUCAAUAUCUCUUUUCACUGAAGGUCGCACCAAAUUACGCCUCUGGCUCAACCCCAGCUUCGACAGAUCGCAUUUCGACAAGGAAAUCUGUUACUGCGCAAUCGAUAUAGGGAGGAUGCUUCAAAGAGCAUGCUCCGUCAUACUUGGGGCGAUUGGAUGCGGCCUCUCCGACAUUUUGUAUGGGGCCCAAUUUGCAGGUUUGGCUAUAGUCCAACCAGUACGACCUGUUGGCUCUUCAGGAUUUCGGAUCCCAUAGUCCCUUAUCUCUGACGAGGAAACCGAACAGCUGUCUUACGACACGAGAUCCACUGUUUGUGCUAG